AUGAGGGAGUGCAUUUCAAUCCACAUCGGUCAAGCUGGUAUCCAAGUCGGAAACGCUUGCUGGGAGCUUUACUGUCUCGAACAUGGCAUUCAGCCUGAUGGCCAGAUGCCCGGGGAUAAAACUGUUGGAGGAGGAGAUGAUGCCUUCAAUACGUUUUUCAGCGAAACCGGUGCCGGAAAGCACGUUCCACGCGCCGUCUUUGUAGAUCUUGAACCUACCGUCAUUGAUGAGGUUAGGACCGGUGCUUACCGUCAGCUCUUCCAUCCUGAGCAACUCAUCAGCGGGAAAGAGGAUGCUGCCAACAAUUUCGCCCGUGGACAUUACACCAUUGGGAAGGAGAUUGUUGAUCUGUGUCUUGAUAGAAUCAGGAAGCUGGCUGAUAACUGCACAGGUCUUCAAGGUUUUCUUGUAUUCAAUGCUGUUGGUGGUGGAACCGGAUCUGGUUUAGGUUCUCUAUUGUUGGAGCGUCUUUCUGUUGAUUACGGAAAAAAAUCCAAGUUGGGAUUCACCGUUUAUCCAUCUCCCCAGGUUUCAACUUCUGUUGUUGAACCCUAUAACAGUGUCCUCUCAACCCAUUCCCUCCUUGAACACACAGAUGUUGCUGUCCUUCUCGACAAUGAAGCCAUCUAUGACAUAUGCAGGCGUUCUCUUGAUAUCGAGCGUCCCACUUACACCAACCUCAAUCGCCUUGUCUCUCAGGUGAUUUCAUCCCUCACUGCCUCUUUGAGGUUUGAUGGUGCCCUUAAUGUUGAUGUUACAGAGUUUCAAACCAACUUGGUUCCUUACCCUAGGAUCCAUUUCAUGCUUUCCUCAUAUGCUCCUGUUAUCUCCGCUGAAAAAGCUUAUCAUGAGCAGCUCUCUGUUGCUGAGAUCACCAACAGUGCUUUUGAACCUUCUUCCAUGAUGGCAAAGUGCGACCCUCGCCAUGGAAAAUACAUGGCUUGUUGUUUGAUGUACCGUGGUGAUGUUGUGCCUAAAGAUGUGAAUGCUGCUGUUGCAACCAUCAAGACCAAGAGGACCAUUCAGUUUGUUGAUUGGUGUCCAACUGGGUUCAAGUGUGGUAUCAAUUAUCAGCCUCCAACUGUUGUUCCUGGUGGUGAUCUUGCUAAGGUUCAGAGGGCUGUGUGUAUGAUCUCUAAUUCUACCAGUGUUGCUGAGGUGUUUUCGAGGAUUGAUCAUAAGUUUGAUCUUAUGUAUGCCAAGCGUGCUUUUGUGCAUUGGUAUGUUGGUGAGGGUAUGGAGGAAGGAGAAUUCUCUGAGGCUCGUGAGGAUCUUGCUGCACUUGAGAAGGAUUAUGAAGAGGUUGGUGCUGAGUCUGGUGAUGGAGAUGAUGGUGAAGGAGAUGAAGAUUACUAG